GUUCUCUCCUUUAACCACAAGGAGCCGCCAGACCAGCCUCAUCCAUUCUACAAUCUCUCCUCCUCCAAAAAAUACUGCCACCAACAACGACCAGACCACCAUCUCCGAUCACUUCUCUGUCGUCCGUCCUUGUUUGUUGUUACCGCUAUAGCCAACUCCGAUCACUGCCGUAGCGCCUGACCUCCUCAGUCAUCGAAUCUUUGCCCAUUUUCUAGCAUUUUUGGUAAACGUAGCGCCUGACCUCCUCAGUCAUCGAAUCUUCACCCAUUUUCUAGCAUUUUUGGGAUGACUUUGGGGACGAUUUUUCUUGGAUAUGAUCAAAGAUUGGAAAAGCAGUCGAGUACAAUGGAGCUUGCUAUCCAAUCCUCUACAUUUCAGUGGGAUGAGGAUUACCUGAUUGCCUGGAAUGAGUUCAAAAAGAAUAUUGAAGUUGGGAGCUCAAAGAAUAAACAUGGCAAUGGAAAUUCUGACCAUUAUGGUCAAGAUGGUGUAGAUCCUCAAUAUAAGAUAUUCUUAGAGAAUUCGAGAGCGGAUGGAACUUCAUAUAUACUUGAAAUUUCAAAAAAUAACAUGCCACCUUUGUUUAUAAAGUAUGAAGCAAAGGGAUAUUUAGAUAAAGAAAAUGAAGCUCAAUUGCCUGAAGAACCUAAAAAUUUCUUGGGUCCACAAGCUUUUUUGGCCUCCUCUGCUUCAAACUUUGAUGAAGAAAAGUACAAUUCAUUGAAAACUUCAAAAGCAUUUGCUUUGGCUAUGGAUGAAGAUGAAAGUGGCACGUGCAAGCAUUCUCAAUUUAGGGAGAAGCUCAUGGUCAAGCUAAGAGAACCAUAUGAUCAAAAGGAAUAUGAACAACUUUGGAAAGAUAUUAAUGAGAAGAAGCAAAAGGAAGGGUGCAGAGAUUUGCGUGGAUCAUUAAUAUUAUAUAAAAAAGCUGAAUACAGUCCAUCUUAUCUUGAACAAUAUAAUGAGCUUAAAGAAAUGAUUGAUGCAGUCAUGCCUGAUAAACACAAAGUGUUAUAUCUUUUACGUGGAUUUUUCUAUUGGUUACAGAAUUUGGUUCAUGAUGAUGAAUUUCUGCCAUGGAUGGACAAGGCAUGUUUGUCAAUUAUGCUGGGAAGUCCGUAGAAGAUUUUGCCUCUAUUGAUAUGCCUUGUGAAGGUUGUAUCUAGCCACAUCAUCAAGUGGCUUUAACGUCAUGGGAUCCAAGAAUGAUUUAAUUGAAUUUUUCUCUAUGGUGUUGAACUAUAAUUGCUUAUUAUCCUUUUACAUAGUUUGCAUUUUUUCAGUCAUCAACUAUUUGUUCAUCAAAAGUGAUUGUAUUAAAAUUGUAAAUAUCAUAAAUAAAUUGCUGUUAUUGUCAGAAGAGUUAUAACUUUGACAUGAAGUUUAAUGUAUUGUGAAUAUGAUUUAGAUUUUAGAUCUCAA